GCGCCGGGCUCGGGCGCGGAGCGGCGCGCAGGCGGCGGCGGCCAGGCCCGGCCCGCGGCGGGCAGGGAGCACGGCUGGAGGAGCUGGGUUCCCCUGGAUGGUUGAAAUCCUGAGCAGCAGAGCAGAGCAGAGCAGCAGGAGCCAUGUCUCUGCCCUUCCGAAAGGAGCUGGAGAAGUACAAGAAUAUCAACGAAGAUGAAAUACUCAGCAAGCUCUCAGAGGAUGAACUGAAGCAGCUAGAACAUGUUCUUGAUGACCUUGAUCCUGAGAACGCCCUGCUUCCAGCGGGAUUUCGGCAGAAGGACCAGACCACCAAAGCUGCCACGGGCCCCUUCGACAGAGAGCGCCUGCUCUCCUACCUGGAGAAGCAAGCUCUGGAGCACAAGGACAGAGAAGACUUCGUACCCUUUACAGGGGAAAAGAAAGGAAAAAUAUUUAUCCCUAAAGAAAAGCCCGUAGAAACCCGCACGGAAGAGAAGGUGACCCUGGAUCCAGAACUAGAAGAGGCCCUGGCCAGUGCUUCUGAUACCGAGCUCUAUGACCUUGCAGCUGUUCUUGGAGUGCACAACAUGGUCAACAACCCGAAAUUUGAUGAGGCAGGAGCCCGCGGUAAAGAUGGAAAAGGAAUCGUGAGAAAUGUGGUGAAAGGUGAAAAGGUCAAGCCCAUCUUUGAGGAGCCACCCAAUCCGACCAAUGUGGAAGCAAGUCUACAAAGGAUAAAAGCAAAUGAUCCUAGUCUCACAGAAGUUAAUCUCAACAACAUAAAGAAUAUUCCUAUUCCAACACUGAAAGAAUUUGCAAAAGCUCUGGAAACCAACACACAUGUGAAGACAUUCAGCCUUGCAGCUACUCGAAGCAAUGACCCUGUAGCUAUUGCAUUUGCAGAUAUGUUGAAAGUGAACAAAACACUGAAGAGUCUGAAUGUAGAAUCCAACUUCAUCACUGGGACAGGGAUUUUGGCACUGAUUGAUGCACUGAAAAAGAAUGAAUCCCUAACAGAGAUUAAAAUUGACAACCAGAGGCAGCAGCUUGGGACAGCUGUAGAGAUGGAGAUUGCCAAGAUGCUGGAGGAGAACUCCAGGAUUCUCAAGUUUGGAUACCAGUUCACAAAACAAGGUCCAAGAACCAGGGUGGCAGCAGCUAUCACUAAAAACAACGACCUGGUUCGGAAGAAGCGGGUGGAAGGGGAGCGGCAGUAGCCACAGCGCCGAGGACACCAGGCAGGGCUGGAGCCCACCACCACUGCAGCCUCAGAGUGCUCACUGCUCAGAAGGAAAGGCACUGCAAAACUGUUACCGUGGGAGUUGCUGAUUUCUGUUAAUGUCUCCUUUUAACCUUGAAAACAGAGCCUGCUCGUUUUUAAUUUUCAUGGUUAAUUUAAUUCUUAUGAGAAAGGUUCAUAGUUGGUUUGAUUUUAAUGAAGAAAAUGGUUUGCAGUAUCUGAAGCCAAUAUGCAGCAUCUUAACCAUGUUACUGAGCAUAACAUAUAGUGACUCUGACCCUUAUUUUAGACACUUUUUGAUAUAUGAAAAUAUGACCUUGUAUAUGGAUAAGGGAUUCUCUGCUGAAAAUAGAAAUUUUAGGGCCAAGUUCUGCAAUGCCUUAUGUUUGUGAAUAAUCCUUAUUUAUGUGUAUAGUCCUGCUGAACUGAAUCCUGCAAUGGGCUGCUCCCAGGAGUAGUACUAGUGAUGCCAGUACAGGUUUGCAGGUUCACACCCCUGAGCCUCUCUCCUGCAGUGGGAUCUGGGCAGCUGGACCCACCUUGGAACAGCUCCUGCCACCCUUGUUGGGUCUCCACCCGCCCAGCUCCCAGAGCAGGAUCACACCUAGAUGUAUGAACGUUGUCAAAGCGUACUUGUUUACAUAAGCUUAGGUUAGGUGGAUCAUUUUGCAAUGUUACACUGAUGUUUUUUAUUCUUACUCCACAUUGUAAAGUAAUAUUAGUGCUGCCAAUCCUGUAGACAUUGAAUGUUUUGGGUUUUUUUUCUAGGCCAACAAGUUUUUGUUUGCUACUAGAAUGAACAGUUUACAGCUAGUGAUCUUAACCUAAACAAGUAUUCUGAGCAAUAUUUGUUUUGCUUUGAGCCAUGAGUUUGACUUUUUUUAGUUCUGUAUUUAUGUACGUUUGUUAGCAUUAUAGGACUGUUCUCAGGACCUUUUAGAUGAAGAUUAAUUAAAUACUUAAUCCAAGAAAGCCACUGUGCUACCAGGGAAAGACACUAAAGGGGUAGUUUUGACAGCUACAUGACUGACAUUUAUCUGCUGCAGCUGAGGUUUGUCCCUGCAUCACAAGGCACAUGAGUAUUCGUGCCAGUGUUUAUCUGAAUAAGGGCAGAUUUAAGCUCAUGCAGAAAUGCUUUGCUAAAUUAUGACCUCAACUUACAUGCUGGACAUUAUCUUAACCCAGUGGAAAACACUCACGAAGCAGCAGCUAACCCCAAUGCUCAACAGCGUCAAAAUUUCAGUAAUACUUCAGUCUGAUGUUUCAUUUUGUGUAUUUUACCAUCUAAAACUACUCUCUACCACAGGUGUAUCACUGCCAACAGCUGACUGACAGCCAGAGGUUCAUUUUGGCUCCAGGGGUGCAGGCUGUGAGAGCCAAGGGACGCUCAGGUCAGAGGUGUCACACGCCCCAAGCUUGCAGAAAUGCUCCUGCAGGCAGCGCUGCCACCCGGGCCACUCUGGCCUCUCUGAGACAGGGAUGAAGUGCUGCUUGCUCGGGGCACGGUUCCCUGAGCGAUGUUUUCACCUUGCUGCGGUGUGAGCUAACAGGAUGAACCCUCCCUCGGUGCCUUUUGUAAGGCAAAGGAGAAGGUGCAAGGCAAUGCUCUUCCUGUUGGGUACUGUUGGUCUUUGUAGUGGGGCCAAAGUGAAUAACUCGCUGAAAUCCCACUUAAAAUACUUGGCUGCAGUGGUCUGCUGAGCUGGGAUAAAAGUGCAGUAGCCACAGUUUACUUCCCUGGCAGCUCCCAGUCUCUACAAUUUCCACUUCCUCCUUUCCUCAGAAUGAACUGAAACCUUUGCUUUGCUAGUAAAACAAAACACACAGGGGACUCUUGCUAAGGUUUUCCCUGGAUCCAUGCAGGAUUUGCUGUGAAAAACUUUGAUCUACCAUUAAAAAAAAAUUACAAGUUCUGUAAUACAGUCAUAACUCUGCAUGGGCUUAAAUAGAAUCCUUAGAAAACAUUUGGAUUACAAGGGGAAUACUGGGCUUUGCACCAUGAAGUUUCAUGGUGGGAAGAAUCCUCAUCCACAGCAUCUAAAGAUUAUGUUACUGACAACCUUCAGUGAUAGGAACCACUCUGCCCCUAAUUUCUUGUUCUUUUCCUUUGCUCCAACCAAGGGAAUCCCAAUUAUCAAUCAAUUGUUUGAAGAUUUUUUAAUGGUUAUUUUUUCUUUUUUAGUGGUACGUAUCUGUGUUCAAGGGAGACAAGUGCAAUCCAUUUCUAGUCUUAGUUGCCAUUGACAGUGUUGGUAUUUGCAUGCAGCAGUUUCACAAGGAUGGGCUGGUCUGACUGCUUCAUGGUGUCUGCAGCAUGUCCUGGAUGGCUUUGCUCAGAGCCACACGUGUGCUUACACAGUCAGGUGUGAAUUUCAGCCCCAGUUUGCACCGAGGUACCUGGCUGGGGCAAGCUCUGUGGCUCUCCAUCCCUUCAUCUGCCCUUCCCUUUGCACAGCCACAGUUCCUCUGAGGGAGGAGCCUCACCCUGGAGGGAUCAUCUCCAGCACCAGCCCCACCAUGAGCGAGCAGACAGGGCCAGAGCUGUGCACCCCAUGGCCAGGACCUGGGAGCCUGGCUCCUUCCAGCAUGUGUGAGGAGAGCUCCCAAUCCCUGGCUGUUUUCUGCAGGCAGCUGCUGCCAGCCCCUGCCAGGGGGCUCAGUGACCAGAGAUGUCUCUGUUCUGCCUCUUCUGUGUGCCCCACACAAGGCCUUGGCUGUCACCAGCUUGAGUGUCACAGGUCAGACAUUCCAACAAUACAAAGAUCUGUUGGAUGCAACAGCAGCACACAUUGGUGAUGCUUGGAGGCAGAUUUUCACACUACUACAGGAUUAUUUAGCUGGUUAAAAAUCUCUGCAACUAACAAAAAGGAGGGCAGGAUGAGUUAUUUCAUAUCCUAUUUUCAGACAGCAUCUGCAUUGUCAAUGCUGAAUGGGGAACAAGGACAGAAGAGUCCCUUUUUCUUAAGCAAACAUUCAGGAGUAACUGUCUAUUUUUGCACAUUGCUUCUCGCGUUGACUGCUUCAGUUUGGUUUGUAUUUUUUAUACAGCUUUUUCAUGGAAAUGCUCAACUUUGUGUGUGUCCUAACAUCCCUGUGAAGUGUAGCGUGCACUGAGGACCAUAUGUGUACAUGUAUAAAUGGCAAUGUUAGCUCUGGAACAGAUGUAAUUGCAUGCGCACGGUGUGGUGCAUAUUACUCAAGAGGAAGAGAAUUACCACGCUAUGUAACAGUGACUCCCCAGCAUUGUGGUUUUUCUAAAUAAACCUUCACAAAGGA